AUUUAGAUAUAUUGAGUUUUUCAAAUUUUGAUGUUUUGGUUAUAUUUUGUUAGUCUUUCCCUGCUUUGUAUUAUUGCCAGAGUGUAUAUAAGGCUUUACAAAGUUUCUCAAGUUUCCAAGGAAAUAGAUUCAGAAAACUUUGAGGUACAAGGAAGAAAGUUGCAAGGAGAAUACCUGAUAGUCUAUCUUCUUGCAGUUUCUGCAGACUGGCUUCAAGGUCCUUAUGUUUAUGCGUUAUAUGAACAGUAUGGAUUCUCGAAAGCUCAAAUAGGAUUUCUGUUUGUUGCUGGUUUUGGUAGUUCUGGGAUCUUUGGAACCUUUGUUGGUUCUUCUGCAGAUAGAUUCGGUAGAAAGAGGCUUUGCCUUGUGUAUGGGUUACUUUACUCUAUUUCUUGUAUAACCAAACACUUUCCUAUUUUUACUAUUCUUCUUCUUGGGAGAUUAUUGGGAGGCAUUUCGACUUCCAUUUUAUUCUCUUCAUUUGAGUCUUGGUUAAUUAGUGAACAUAACAAGCGAUUACUACCUGGUUGGUUGUUGAAUGAAAUAUUCGCCAAGGCACAAUUUGGAAAUGGUUUGAUGGCAAUCUUAGCUGGACAAGUGGCUAAUAUUUUAGCAUCCAAUUUCGGAAAGGUUGCCCCAUUUGAUGCCAGUAUACUAAUUCUUUUUAUCAUGUCUUUAGUGAUUUACAUGAAAUGGGACGAAAAUUAUGGAGAUAAUCAUAAAGAUAGCAAAGUUGGAUUUCAUUGUGCACUGCAAUCUUUAUUUGCGGAACAACGCAUUUGGCUAUUGGGUGUAUUUCAAAGUUGUUUUGAAAGUGUCAUGUAUAUUUUUGUGUUUAUGUGGACUCCGGCUUUACAGUUGACUAGUAGCACAAAUAUUCCACAUGGUCUCGUAUUUUCUUGUUUUAUGGUUGCAUUGAUGCUUGGCAGUUGUACCUUUACAAUAUUAGAAGGAAAUGUGGAAGUUGUUCAGCUACUAAGAAUAUGCUUUAUUGUUACUGCAAUAGUAUUCUUAGUAACUAUAAGUUCUUCAGUAUUAUGGAUAGUCUUUUUCAGUUUUGUAUUGUUUGAAACUAUUUGUGGAGUUUUCUUUCCAUCAAUGGCUGUAUUACGUGCAAGAACCAUUCCGAAUGAAUAUAGAAGCACUAUUAUGAACUUGUACAGAGUUCCUCUUAACUUUAUUGUGCUUGUUGUUUUAUUAGCAGACUGGAGCGUUUCUACGACAUUUGAAGUUUGUGUAUUUCUUAUGUUCAUUGUCAUCUUCACUCAUCAUUUGUUCACUUGUCAAAGAGAAGUGCUAACCUCUCGAGAAAAGACCAUUUCAGAAGACGCAUAAUAGUAUAAUGAAUGCUAAAAAGAUAAAAAAGAGAUUGUUGAGAAAUCGCAAACUGCAUUUUGUCCU